AAAUCAUAAAACAGCUUGACGAUUGUUCGUAGAGAGACUAUCAAAGAAAAGUACAUUUUCGCUGUUUGUCUGCAUUCUAGGACAGUUGCUCAAUGGUUUAUCAUUAAACAUUUUGUGGAUCGAACAACAUAGUUGGCUAUAUUUCAACUGGGUGACAAUGAUAUAAUGUCUAGUAGCUAAAUGUUGACCUUUGUGACGUACGCUUUGCUGUAAACUAGAACGUCGACAUUUAUUUUCCUAAAAUAACCCAUUUUGUCGAUUGAAGAUAAUCAGGACAGGGCUGCAGUCGAGCAAGGACAAGACAUUUUGUUUGCAUUUGAUCUACAGCGACAUACAACAAUGUUAACCCAGAGAAAGAGAAAACGCACUGUGGAGGACUUCAACCAGUUUUGCACCUUUGUGUUGGCCUAUGCUGGAUACAUCCCCUAUCAAACAGAGGAUUGGUGGUGUAGUGACAGCAAGCUCAGUGACAGCAACCCCUGCAGCAGUAGCCACAGUACCAGUCCAUGGGCCUACCAGUCCUCUCCUAACUCAGACUGUGGCUCCUCCACUCAGAGCCAGAAGGAGAAAGGGAAGGAGUUGAAGAGGAGGAGGUCAGACAAGAAGCCAGCCGGGCCUGGCCAGGGGGAGAAGAAGCCAAGAGGAGGAAGUGCCAAAAAGUAUCCUAAUAACAAACAGGCUGCCCCUACAUCAACAGUCAGCAGAAUGCCAGAGCUCCAUGAGCAGCACCAGCGGCAGUCUGAACGGACCAACCUGAACAGCUGUCUUACUGACAACAAAAGACAUCCUCUGACAGCUCCGAAAUGUGACCAUGACUGUAAACUUUCCCAAUCUUCCCUGACUCAACUCUUCCCUGAAGCCACCUCCAGCAGCUCUCUGUCUGUCCACAUGGACAAGAUCAACACUGGUCAGACACACACGCCAGACCCCAACGGGUCAGCUGGGAAAAUGAAUGACUCUACAACCCCUCAGAAGACAGGAAGUGAAGAACUGGAACAGGAAGUGACCGAACAGCCUGUUGACAUGACAACGACAAGCUGUGAGACGGGGAUGAGCUGUCCUCAUAGGCCGGGAGACAGAGAAAAGAAGAGAAGAAAGGAAGAGAAUGUGACGAGGGAGAGCUGGGAGGGGUCUGGGAGUGAAGGAAGGAUAGACAGUGGUCAGAGGUCAGAUAUCCUGAGGAUGGUGAUGGACAGGAGGUUGAGAGGUCAGCUAACUGAAGACCAGGAGACAGGCUACCACACAGAGGAGGGUAGCAGCCCCGACCGGGACCAUGGAGGGAGCAACUACCAGACAGACCAGGGAGGGAGCGAUGGAGAGGACACAUCUGCAGACAACAGCAAGAUGGAGGAUCAGGACGACUCGUGGGACCUGAUCACCUGUUUCUGCCUGAAGCCAUUUGCGGGUCGGCCCAUGAUAGAGUGUAGUGAGUGUGGCACCUGGGUGCACCUGUCCUGCGCUAAGAUCCGCCGCACCCACGUUCCUGAAGUCUUCACCUGCCAGCCCUGCCGAGAUGCCAAGACCAACAUCAGACGGUCCAACCGGGCGCGUAUCGCCUCCCGCAAACGCUUCAGCGACUAGAGAGCACCAGCUGGUUCAUUGGCUGCGUCCAAAUUGGCGGCAGGUAGCCUAGCGGUUAAGAGCAUUGGGCCAGUACCCGAAACAUUGCUGGUUCGAAUCCCCAAGGUGGAAAAAUCUGCUGUUCUGCCCUUGAGCAAGGCAGUUAAUUCCCAACAACAACUGCUCCCCCCGGGCACUGAUGUCAUUAAGGCAGCCCCCCGCACUUCUGAUUCAGAGGGGUUGGGUUAAAUGCACAUUUCAGUUAAAUACAUUCAGUUGUGUAACUGACUAGGUACCACCCUUUCCUAUUCCCUUUAUAGUGAACUACUUUUGACCAGAGCCCUAUGUAGGGAAUAGGGUGCCAUUUGGGACAUUGACCACUAGUGAGCAUCAAGUUCUUUGCUGGUCCAUUCUGACACUCUGCACAAACCACCUCCAGCCACCAGGGUUGUGUUCAGUAAGACGCACAGAACAUGUCAAUUAUUGAACAAGUCCAGGUAGUCCUCCCUGUUUCAGUCCUUUUUCUUCCGUUUUGUGCCUAACGAACACGACCCGGGACACUGCCAUCAGCAACCAAGCCAUGAGUCUACGGUCAUGUUCCUCUGCUCAGACGUUGUAAUCAUCAACCAAUGGUUGCGUACCACAUCAACUGUGUCGUUGGGCACCAGAUUAUAACAUAUGUGGCCGGUUUCACAGACAAGGCUUAAACUUAGUCCCAGACUAAAAUGCCUGUUUGAGCUGUCUUAACUCAAAGCGAAUUGCACAUACUUAUCUUAAAAUAGCCGUAUAUUUAGCCUGUUCUGGAUAAAACAAAGCCGAUUGCAAGAGGGAUUAGAGCUACUCUAGGACUAAAUGGAAGCUUAAAGGAAUCCUUCAAAGAGGCAGGUUUAACUUCUGCUUAGUACUGUUUGAGGGAGCAGGGACUAUUUGGAAUGUCUAAAUGAAGACCAACCUGCACUACAGAGGCCAGCCAGACGAGUACUGGUGGAUGGGAGUAAUCCAUUCAAUUACUUAGAUGAAAUAGCUUUUUGAGACCGCUUUCGUAUGUACAAAGAAAAUGCAUUGGAGGUAAUAUCUUUGCUUGAGCCUAGACUUUCCUCUCCAUCUCAAAGAGGAAGGCCUUUACCCAAUUCUCUCCAAGUUCUGAUCACUUUGAGGUUUUUGGCAUCUGGAAUCUUUCAUCAUGAAACUAGUGAUUUGUGUGGUGUCAGUGAAGAAACUGUAGGAUAGUCUUCACAUCAAGUUUCCUGAUUCUGCUAGCCAAGCCAACUAUAAAGAACAAUUCUAUGAAUAUGGGCACUUCCCAGGAGUGAUUGGCUGUAUAGAUGGAUGUCAUGUUCCCAUCAAGUGUCCAUAAACUCCUGAUGCUGAGGAGUACAGGAAUAGUAAGAACUGGUUUUCCAUCAAUGUUCAGGGUCAUUUAGAGUUUUCAAACAUUGUUGCACGUUGGAAAAGUGCAACUCACAAUUAAGGAUUUUUCGCAACUCUUCAUUGUGUGCUGUUUCAGAAAGGACAACAUAGUGGACUACUCGGUGACAGUGGAUAUGGUCCGUGUAACUUUGUAUUCACUCCAUACAUAAAUCCCACAACAGCUGAGCAGCAAAGAUACAACAGAGCUCAUAUCCGCAUGAGAGGGAUGGUCGAGCGUAUGUUUGGAGUAUGGAAAAAUCAAAUCCGGUGUUUACGCAAUACACUUUGUUUCAUGCCAAGAAGAUGCUGCAAGGUGGUCAUUGCUACAGCUGUGUUGCACAACUACCUGAAGCAGCAUUGCUGUCCUUAUCCUCCAAUGAUCAAGCAGAUGUGCCCAUGGCUGAGGCAGGCAAUGACCAACGAGGACUUGCACACAAGAGUUGCUUUCACAUUGCAGCACUUCAACUAGAUGAGAUGCGUUUAAAUAUGGAAUGUAUUCAUUGUGGCUUAUUUCUGCUUUGAUAAUGUUUGUUCUGUGCAAAAUUCAAAUAGUGUGCAGCAAUUAAAUGAGUGACUAAACCAA